AUGGCGGACGGUAUGUUUGCAAGUGCCGCCGUGGAUAUGAAGGAGACGGUAUCCAAAACUGUAAAGAAGUCAUCAGCACAAAUGUUACGUUUACCUCCACCACCAGCAGCACCGUGGUCACCACGUCAACAACCGACGGCGCUUACGGGAGUCAUCAGGGAGAUCGACGAGAACGAGGUUGUUGAACUGAUACCUGGUGACACACACCAGAAGACGACCACAUUGAGGACGUCGUCAAAAGGCCCUGAGCUCUACCGUCGAGCCAUAACGCCUUACGCUUCCACGCCCUCACUCACCAUCGAUCAUGAUCGAAAUCACACCACUAUCAGCACUUCGAUUCCUCCAAGCACCACCAUCCAUUCUACAUCUCACAUUCACGAAUCAAGCACUAAACCGACUGAAACUGAAAGCAGUACAGUCAGCACUGUAUCAGGUAUACCGACA